CGAUACACUUAUUUGCUGUGUUGAAAGCGCCGAUCAAGUGGUGCGUUCAGUCUUCGUUUCACCGUUCUGUUUCGAGCGUCCACAGGAGGACAGGUCCAAUCAUUCUGUCCCUGGAGAUGCUGGCAAAUUUCGGAUAUCUGUGACACCAAGUAGAUCAUCUGUGAGAAGAAAACAUCUGUUGUCGUGCCACCCUCCCCCCUUUUCCCCCUCUUCAUCCCGACACAUUCCACCCAAAGGUGAUACGUGGAUAGCUGUAAAGAAGCCGAGGUAUUUCAUCAGCUGUGACGAUCGCUGAACGCACUGGAGAAACAACUUGUCUUCUUGCAACACAUGUUUGAACUUCCCCCACCGAUUUGACUAAUCUAAUCACCGGAAAUUGAAGCUAUUUGUGACGUGGCUCGAUCAGAUUCGUUGAUAUUCGAGGGGCUCGUCUCGCUAUUGUAACUGGAGGGGAACGAGAAAUUGAGAAAAAAAAAAUAAAGGAGAAAGAAGAAGGGAGCCCUCGAACCUCGGACUCUGUCCCUCUUGCUCAGCGUGUAUAAAAGACCAGAGGUGUAGGUGUCAAGAUGUCGAACAUUGGAUGGAUCAUUGCCAGACAACCGACAACAAUUAGUGCUACUGGUUGUCUGAGGGAUUCAACGAAACUACGAGAAUUCUCGACGAUUAUAGGGAGAAAUAGUUGUGGAAAUCCUGACAAAUGCACCAAAUUCCUGAGAACUGUUGAUUACGGUGUCUGGGGAUCAGUUGCUAAACCACCGAGAUUUUCCAUUUUUACAUGUCGAGUAGCUGCCAAGUAUAAUAAAUCAUACAGAAUGCCUUAUCUAGCUGACAAAUUGUAUCCGCAGGUGACGAGCCUGAUGGCUACACAGGCCACCAAGAGUGCCAGCUCCCUAGAUGACAUUGAUGAUCACAUCGGUGGAGUUACCCUCGUCAAUAAAUUAUCAGUUCCACUGGCCCCCAAAGUACGGGCCUAUGUCGAGGAGUGCGUUAAACUUUGCAAACCAGAUGAGGUUUACAUCUGUGAUGGAAGUGAUGCUGAGAACAAUGCCCUGUUGCAGAUGUUGGAGAAGAAAGGAACAGUCGAACGUCUACCGAAGUACGAGAAUUGCUGGCUAGCGAGAACGAACCCCGCAGAUGUGGCACGUGUGGAGAGUCGUACUUUUAUCAGCACCGAAUCCAAGAAUGAGACCAUUCCAACCCCUCGCGAAGGGGUGAAAGGUACCCUGGGCAAUUGGAUUAGUCCCAACAACAUGGACCAGGCAAUUUUCGAGCGUUUCCCGGGCUGCAUGAAAGGACGCACCAUGUACGUUAUUCCCUUCAGUAUGGGACCAAUAGGUUCCCCAUUGUCUAAGAUUGGAAUUGAAAUCACUGAUUCAGCUUACGUUGUGUGCUCGAUGAAAAUUAUGACCCGUAUGGGAUCACGUGUACUCGAUGUCCUCGGUAAAGAUGACUUUGUCAAGUGUCUCCACUCGGUUGGAGUGCCAACUAAUGACUCCCAGGUUAAGAUAAAGCCCUCGUGGCCUUGUGAUCCGGAGAGAACGAUUAUUCUUCACAAACCAGCUAAAAAUGAGAUUGUCUCCUACGGAAGUGGAUAUGGGGGUAAUUCAUUGCUGGGGAAGAAGUGUUUUGCACUGAGGAUUGGAUCAACUAUAGCUAAGAGAGAAGGAUGGCUGGCUGAACACAUGCUGAUCUUAGGUAUUACAAAUCCAAAAGGAAAGAAGAGAUACAUCGCAGCUGCUUUUCCAAGUGCCUGUGGCAAAACAAAUCUCGCAAUGAUGCAACCAACACUUGCUGGUUACAAAAUCGAGUGCGUUGGCGAUGACAUCGCAUGGAUGAGGUUCGAUAAGAAAGGAAGACUGCGCGCUAUUAAUCCGGAAAAUGGAUUUUUCGGUGUUGCACCUGGUACAGCAUCAGCGACAAAUCCCAAUGCGAUGAAGACUAUUUUCAAGAAUACACUGUUUACUAAUGUGGCACGUACGAGUGACGGUGGUGUCUACUGGGAGGGUAUGGAGAAGGAGAUAUCGAAUGACGUUGAAAUAACCGACUGGCAUGGAAAUCCCUGGCCAAGGGAUUCUAAGACACCUGCUGCUCAUCCAAACUCAAGAUUCUGUACUCCAGCUAAUCAGUGUCCAAUAAUCGAUUCAGCUUGGGAAAAUCCAGAGGGUGUGCCAAUUGAUGCUAUUCUCUUUGGUGGUCGUAGACCCCAGGGAGUUCCACUUGUAUAUCAGGCAAGAAAUUGGCAGCAUGGGGUGUUCAUUGGAGCUACGAUGAGAUCAGAAGCCACUGCUGCAGCUGAACACAAGGCUAAAGUAAUAAUGAACGAUCCAUUCGCCAUGAGACCAUUUUUCGGUUACAACUUUGGUAACUACCUCAACCACUGGUUGAGUAUGUCUCGAAUUCAAGAUGCCAAACUCCCCGCAAUCUUCCACGUGAAUUGGUUCAGAAAAGGUGCCGACAACAAAUUCCUGUGGCCGGGUUUCGGUGAAAAUUCCCGAGUACUGGACUGGGUUUUGCGUAGAAUCGAGGGAGAAGACAUUGCUGUGGAGUCACCAAUUGGUUUACUACCGAAACAGGGAUCCCUCAAUGUGAAUGGUCUCCAGGAAAAUGUCAAUUUGCAGGAGCUAUUCAGAUUACCCAAAGACUUCUGGAAGCAGGAAGCCGGUGAGCUCAGGGAUUACCUCGAUGCCCAAGUGGGACGGGAUCUCCCCAAAGCUAUUAUCGAAGAGCUGAAUAAUCUCGAGAAGAAUGUCUCGAAAAUGGAGUAAUUUUUCGUACUGUUAAGAUAAUUUUCAUCGUUUCAGUACAUUCCACUAAGACGAAACGCUUGCUUCGUGAAUAUCUGUAUAUAGUAUUACAAAAUCAAAAUCAUGAAUGAAAUGACUUCACUGUUAAGUCCAUUACGAAAUAUCAAUCGCAGAGACGUCACACCAACGUGAUACCCAAUGAUAACUGUGACUUAACCUUUAUAUUUAUUAUUAUAAUCCUCACUGAAAGCUCAGUAAUAUUCUGUCUGUAAAAUUAUUUAUAAAAAAAAUACAUAUUUUCAAUUAAUCAUA